GCCAACCCCCAAAUAUAAUAUAUAAUAUUUAAUGUCGCCCAUAAUUAAAGCAUAUUUUGUGAUUUAAACAUUAAUCAGAGACUAAAACAAGUUUCUGAUAAAUAUUUGUGUAAAUUGGUAAGUGACCACAUUUUUUGCAAAGUCAUUAAUCUUCCAUAUGAUUCUCUGUAAUAUUAUAAAGGUGCCUCCCAGUGAGACUUUUGUUUAUUCCAAACAGUCCAUUUAAUGUAAUCCCAAUGAGCCCGAGCGGAAGUUUGACUUUCCUCGGCAGGAAAUUGUCAGCAGUGUUUUUGUUGCUAGUGGGGACUGUUGUGUUAUGAAAAUGGCGACGCCUCGUCGCUCCUCUCAGCAGCAGCAGCCAAACUCCUUGCUGUCCUCCCCGCCCCGCGGCUCCCCUCGCCCCGGGACCCCACCUGGUUCCCCGCCGGGACCCUCCGACGAUGCCACCCCGCUUUCCCACGGAGACAGGAUAGAGAACACGGCUGACGGUGAGGCAACUCCGGCCUCUCCCACUACCACCUCCCCUGCUCCGGCCCUCAGCAGCAGCGGCAGCAGCAGCAGCACUAGCAGCAGCGCUAGCUCCCCGACCACCACCGAGGGCAGCGGGACCAGCGCAGGCUCUACGCCCGACUCGGGAAGCAGUGACCCGGGCAGCGGUAGCAGCGGCGGUGGUACAAACGGGGCUUUCAGGGAGCUGUUUGAAGCCUGUCGUAACGGGGAUGUCUCGAGGGUGAAGAAACUCGUGGAUGCGGUGAAUGUGAACGCAAAAGACAUGGCAGGACGCAAAUCGACACCCCUGCAUUUCGCAGCAGGUUUUGGGAGGAAAGAUGUGGUGGACCACCUGCUUCAGACGGGCGCCAAUGUGCACGCUCGGGACGACGGGGGUCUGAUCCCGCUUCACAACGCCUGCUCGUUUGGCCACUCUGAGGUGGUGUCCUUGCUGCUGUGUCAGGGGGCCGACCCUAACGCUCGAGACAACUGGAACUACACGCCGCUACAUGAGGCUGCCAUCAAGGGCAAGAUAGAUGUCUGUAUAGUGUUACUGCAGCAUGGAGCCGACCCCAACAUCCGCAACACCGAUGGCAAGUCUGCCCUGGACCUGGCUGAACCCUCCGCCAAGGCCGUGCUCACAGGUGAAUACAAGAAGGAUGAGCUGCUGGAGGCGGCGAGGAGUGGAAACGAGGAGAAGCUAAUGGCCUUGCUCACUCCGCUCAACGUCAACUGCCAUGCGAGCGACGGCCGCAAGUCCACUCCGCUCCACCUGGCAGCAGGAUACAACAGGGUGAGGAUCGUUCAGCUGUUACUACAGCACGGAGCAGAUGUUCAUGCCAAGGACAAGGGUGGUCUGGUUCCUCUACAUAACGCCUGCUCCUACGGACACUAUGAAGUUACCGAGCUGCUGCUGAAGCACGGAGCCUGCGUGAACGCCAUGGACCUGUGGCAGUUCACCCCGCUCCACGAAGCGGCGUCUAAAAACCGUGUGGAGGUCUGCUCUCUGCUGCUGAGCCACGGGGCCGACCCGACCCUGCUCAACUGCCACAGCAAAAGCUCCGUGGACAUGGCGCCCACUCCUGAGCUGAAGGAGAGACUCACAUAUGAGUUUAAGGGCCACUCACUGCUUCAAGCUGCUCGAGAAGCUGACAUGGCCAAGGCUAAGAAGUCCCUCGCAUUGGAGAUUAUCAACUUCAAACACCCUCACACACACGAGACCGCGCUGCAUUGUGCAGUAGCAUCGCCACACCCCAAGAGGAAACAGGUGACGGAGCUGCUGUUGAGGAAGGGCGCCAACGUCAAUGAGAAGAAUAAAGAUUUCAUGACUCCUCUCCAUGUGGCAGCAGAGCGGGCUCAUAACGACAUUAUGGAGGUGUUACAGAAACAUGGGGCCAAGGUGAACGCACUGGACACGCUGGGUCAGACGGCGUUGCAUCGCGCAGCGCUGGCAGGCCACCUUCAGACCUGCAGGCUGUUGCUAGGAUACGGGGCAGACGCCUCGCUGGUGUCACUGCAGGGUUUCACUGCUGCUCAAAUGGGAAAUGAAGCCGUUCAGCAAAUUCUCAAUGAGAACGUCCCAGUGAGAAACUCAGACGUGGACUAUAGACUUCUGGAAGCUGCUAAAGCCGGAGACCUGGACACGGUCAAGUCAUUGUGUACGGCUCAGAAUGUGAAUUGUAGAGAUCUGGAGGGACGACACUCCACUCCCCUUCACUUUGCUGCUGGCUACAACAGAGUGUCGGUGGUGGAGUACCUGCUGCACCACGGGGCUGACGUGCACGCCAAGGACAAAGGUGGUCUGGUUCCUCUCCAUAAUGCCUGUUCGUAUGGUCACUACGAGGUGGCAGAGCUGCUGGUCAGACACGGAGCCUCGGUCAACGUGGCCGACUUGUGGAAGUUCACACCGCUCCAUGAAGCCGCUGCCAAGGGCAAAUAUGAGAUCUGCAAACUGCUGCUCAAGCACGGAGCGGACCCCACCAAGAAGAACCGAGACGGGAACACGCCUCUGGACCUUGUGAAGGAUGGGGACACGGACAUCCAGGACCUCUUGAGAGGAGACGCUGCGUUGCUGGACGCAGCCAAGAAGGGCUGCCUGGCCAGGGUGCAGAAGUUGUGUAGCCCCGAUAACAUCAACUGCCGGGACACGCAGGGACGCAAUUCCACUCCGCUGCACCUCGCAGCUGGUUACAACAACUUGGAGGUAGCAGAGUAUCUGUUGGAACAUGGAGCUGAUGUGAAUGCACAGGACAAAGGAGGGCUGAUACCUUUGCAUAAUGCUGCUUCAUAUGGGCACGUGGACAUAGCCGCGCUGCUGAUUAAGUACAACACGUGCGUCAACGCCACAGACAAGUGGGCGUUCACUCCCCUCCACGAAGCGGCCCAGAAGGGGCGGACUCAGCUCUGUGCUCUGCUGUUGGCCCAUGGAGCCGAUCCCACCAUGAAAAACCAGGAGGGACAGACGCCACUGGACUUGGCAACGGCCGAUGACAUUAGAGCAUUGCUUAUUGACGCCAUGCCGCCAGAUGCCCUGCCAAGCUGCUUAAAACCUCAGGCAACUGUGGUGAGUGCAAGUGUGGUGAGUACAGGCGCCACAGCAGGCGUGGUCAUCUCUCCUUCUCCAUCCCCGUCCUGCCUGUCAGCAGCCAGCAGCAUAGACAACCUGACCACGCCCCUCAGUGACAUCACAGCGGCCGGUGCCACCGGAACGGCAGACGGAGCAUCUGGGUCCGACAGGAAGGAAGGAGAAACAGCUCUGCUGGACAUGACCAUCAACCAGUUCUUAAAGAGUCUGGGGCUGGAACACCUCCGAGACAUCUUCCAGAGGGAACAGAUUUCGCUGGAUGUGCUGGCAGACAUGGGUCACGAGGAGCUCAAAGAGAUCGGCAUCAACGCUUACGGGCACAGACACAAACUCAUCAAGGGCAUCGAGAGGCUGCUGGGAGGCCAGCAAGGUGCAAACCCGUACCUGACGUUCCACUGCUCCAGUCAGGGCACCGUGCUGAUCGACCUGGCACCGGAUGAUAAGGAGUUCCAGUCUGUGGAGGAGGAACUACAGAGCACUAUCAGAGAACACCGCGAUGGAGGCAACGCAGGCGGAGUCUUCAGCCAGUACAACAUCAUCAAGAUUCAGAAGGUGGUGAAUAAGAAGUUAAGGGAGAGAUACGCACACAGACAAAAGGAAAUUGCAGACGAGAAUCAUAACCACCACAACGAGCGUAUGCUGUUUCACGGCUCUCCCUUCAUCAACGCCAUCAUUCAUAAGGGCUUUGACGAGCGCCACGCCUACAUUGGCGGCAUGUUCGGCGCCGGGAUCUAUUUUGCAGAGAACUCCUCCAAAAGCAACCAGUACGUGUACGGGAUUGGUGGAGGCACAGGAUGUCCCACCCACAAAGACCGCUCCUGCUACGUGUGUCACAGGCAGAUGCUGUUCUGCAGGGUGACGCUGGGUAAGUCGUUUCUUCAGUUCAGUGCGAUGAAAAUGGCCCACGCCCCCCCUGGACACCACUCUGUUAUAGGACGGCCCAGUGUUAACGGACUGGCGUACGCAGAGUACGUCAUCUACAGAGGGGAGCAGGCUUAUCCAGAAUACUUGAUCACCUACCAGAUCGUGAAGCCGGAGAGUGUGGCCGCUCCUGCUGCCACCGCUGAGCAGAAGUCCUAAAACACAACCACAGCUGGAUCAGAAGAUAUAGUGGACUAGAGGCACUCUCUCAGAGAACUGAACUAGAAGGCGUUUCAAACCUCUGACCCAAAAUAAAAGUCUCCAGAGCUGAACUUGAGGUGGGUGAGGUUAAGUGUGGACCAGGUGCGAGACCCUUGAAAAUGGACCCAGACAUUUCUAAGCAGCAGAAGAAGAACAGGAAGAUGAGGAGGCAGUGUCUUUGAGUUUUAGGGGUACAAUACAUGCAUAGUCCUAAGCAGCAGAAUGCAAAAAUCCAUCAGAUUCUUUAAUUAAUUGGAUCUAAUUCUGCAGAACAAAGAAAUGGUUUGAUCCACAGCUCUGGAAGUGUAUCAGUAAGCCAAUUUUUUAAUUUGCAAGGCCUCCAGCUUGAUUCUAUAAAAGCGAUUAAGAAAACAAUUAGAACAAGACACAGUCCAAAGCAAAACAAACACUCCUGAUUUAGCACCUUUGCACUGCUCGUGUAUUCUACCCCGAGUUUUUAAUGUGUUGUUUUGAUCGUGUCCUCUUUCGGCUUCGUGCAUCAUCCGCAGCUAAACAAUACCCUGAGGCCACAGCUAUUGUCGUGCUGAACAGAACAGAAAUCAUGCGAGGCUGAUGCGUCUCUGUAUGUCUCACAUCGUCUCUGUUGUAAACAAAGAAAAAAGAUGAAAUGAGUGCGAGCGCAGACGAGUGAAAGAGAUUAUGAUGGACAAAUACCCAGAAGUUAAUAAGAAGAAAAACAAACAGGACACUAAGAGACCACAAUCCACUGCUGCUACAGUGACGGCUGCAGACUUUCCACUACAGUCCGAACAGGGACCAUCUUCAACAGACCAAACCAAGUUCAUAUCAGAGCUGCUGUAGCCGCUGCCAGCAAAACAGUGAAGAAACAUAAUAUGGUCAUCACUUAUAAAGGCAUUUUUAGGUUUACGUUGCCAGAUAACCCCAAUUCUUCAAAGGUGUUUGUGGAGCGGAGUUGUGACAAGUAAGCAGCAACCACAGAUGCCGUCAAUUAAGCCAACAUUCCCUGAACAUACCACUUUUUGAGCCCUGCUUUCAUUUAAAUGAAAACAGUUAUGGGAAAAUUUGUCCCAAUUAGGAACAAGAUUGUCACAACAAAAAAGAAUUUGGAGGCUUUCCCAUUCAAUUUGAUUGUCCGUUUUGAAGUGGUCAUCAUAGGAACUACAUCUAAUAGAACUUCCACAUCAGCUUUGACUUGCCAAACGUGGUGGUUGCUGCUUGUUUCAGCCCAGUUCAGAUUAAAACAGUCCAAAUUCGCUCUUUUACCAGAACCAGGAGGACCACGAGAGACCAGACUUGUGACACAGUCACAUGUUCAUGCAUAUACACUGCACACAAACUUGUUCACACACUGAACACUCUCCUCUUUUAAUUACAGCUGCAUUUGGCAGCUGAAACUAGCACACUGUUGGCUCAGAAACAGUAGGUAGAGUUUGAACUUCAGUUCCUAGAAAAGUCACUAACGCCAUGUUUACCGACCCUGAGAGAUCGGUGAUCUAAUACACCAGAGGAGCCCAAAAAGAGAGAUAAAAGAUGAAAACAUUAAUUCAAGCUUCCAGAGGUCUGACUGGAAAAAAAUGGAACAUUAUUCUCUUUUAAGCUUGGUGAUUAAUCCUGAUUUUGUCUAGUGCAGCUUUACAUUUACACCUCUGUCAUUCAUUCAGUUACAUCUGAGGCAUCUUUUUGUUUUGUAUCUGAAUGUCUUUCAGAUCCAAAAUUUUCCCUGUUGUUGUUGUUGUUGUUUACAUGAAACUGCUGCCUUCCAACCCCUUUCCUCUCUACAUGUAACCCCUUGGUGGUUGAUGCCCCCUAGUGGUGCGACAGAGGAAUUACAGGCUUGCAGCAGAUGGAGUGUUAGUACUAUUUAUUUGUGUUUUUUAGUCAUAUAACAGGCAUUUAUUCCAUUUUUGUUCACUUCCUGUCAUCUUUUCUUUAUUUUUCCCUUAUUUUUACACUCCUGAGUUUACAAUCCUCAAACAUGAAGCAAAUGUGAAAGGUGAGCUUAAGUCAUUCAGCCGGCUGGUCACAGGCUGCAAAAAGAUAUUUAUAUAGUCAGGUAUCUGCAGGUUGACUGAGGAUGAUGAUGAAGAGGAUAACGGAUAUGUUGUAUAUGAAGAUGAGCUGUCACACAUCUGUUUGUGUCAAACCUCAUAACAGCAAGAUUAGCAAACUCCUCACACUAUGUACUGUAAGCUUGAUUUUAUUUUACUAUACUGACUAUGUUUUUUCUGCUGAUAGUUUAUUUGUUCUGUACGUUAUUUUUUAACACUGUACACCACACGGGACCACAUACAGUUUAGUGUCUUUCAUGGUGAUUACUUCAGAUUAUGUCAAGCAAUGCUGAAAUCUUGUAAAACGGAAACAGAAAUGCCCUUAAAAGGUUUUGAAAAUGAACAGAUUGCUUUGAAAGUACUCGUAAAGUCAUUAUGAUACAGUUUACCAUAAUCAGACCCACAUACAUGUGAUUGUUUAAAGAUUUUUAAACAUCAGGCAUUAGUCAGGGAUGGGAUUUUUAAGAAUUUGAACACAAAACAUAUCGAGAGUUUGAUAUUUGCUCUCCGUUUAUCCUAACACUGUUAGCAUUACAGUGUCUACCUGUCAAACUCAGAUUUCAGCUGAUUUGCGCUUCAUUGAAAGGUGAAGAUGACGUUGGUCUGAGCCAAGUGUGAAACAAGCAUUAAGUCCUUGUUUAGUGUGAAGUAAGAGUCUUUCUUCAAGUGGUUCCAGUGAGAGUUAAGUGGCAGCUCAAAAUAGCCGCCUCUCUGACUAACAGACUAAACCUUUUUAUCAGAUUAUUUUCAAGCCGUGAAGUUUUCACACUAGAAUUUUUCCCUCAGUUUUGCAAAACCAUCUGCAGCCCACAUUUGAUAGUAAUAGUUCAUCCCAAUAACAAUGAAUGAUAUCAUACAUAAUUUAUGUAGCAGCACAUUUCAACAAAUUACUAAGUGAUUAAUUACGGGGGAAAUGAAAAGGAAAUUAAUUAAAACUGAAAUAGAAAUGAAAAGACGGAAUAACAACCGAUGACUAAACUUGAAAUGAGAAAAUGAAUAAUCUUGAAAUUAAAUGAUAAUGGAAGUUUUUUUUUGGAGGAAAAACAAAAGAGUUGCAGUGCAGGGACACAGUUAACACAAAUGUAAAAUCCAGUCUGUUAACUCUUUUUUUAGAUGCGCCUGAAGAUCAGAUUUUUACCUGCCUUGAAGAUCUAAUGGGAAACUUACAUUUCUCUAAAAAUCAAUACAUAAUAAUCAAAUGAUUGUUUUUCCAUUUCACAAAAUGCCCAGAUCUUGAUCUAUAAAGCUCAGAAUAGAGUUUUAAACUGAUCAAUGUCACUACAGGCGGCAUGGGACAAAAAACAAACAAACAAAUUAAUAGUUUUUUGGAAACCAGCAAAAAUUUUGACAUUUCCCUGUUUUUAACACCUUUUACAUCAUCUUCAAUCAAACAAACUCUGCACUAGAACAGAGGUUUCAGAUAAAGUGGCAGCAUCACUGUUGGCUCUCAGAACAGACAGAGCAGGUGGAGUUUAUGGAGUUGACCUCAUUAAGGUCAGCAGAACUGUAUGAUUUAUCAGAAGAGAGCUGAGGCUUUGUUUUAAAUGAGACUGUAAAUAAACUAACUCCAGAUGGGCCUUUUAACAGGUCUUUUAUGGAUAAUUUUGAGUUUAUUUUUCUUGGGUUUUUUUCCUUUGAAAGACUUUUCAAAGACUUUUUUAUGUGAUAACUGUUUGAAUCAUGUUUUUCGCUGAUCUGUGUCUACUUAUCUGUCUCAAGGGCCAGUCAGCCAUGUUGUUGUAAAUAGUUUGGAGCGCUGUGUGCGAGUGUGUGUGGGUGCGUGCGAGCGUGUGUGUUCAGUUAAUCCAUGUCUCACCUUCUGACCUGCCUUCUACCAAAAACCACCAGUUUAAUUAACACAUUUCCUCAUCAGUUAUGUUUGACCUCCUGUUGUACAGACGGUUGUACAGAGCUGCUGACCAGCUAACACGCGGAACAAAGAAACUCCUUCACUCUUGUACAGAAGAAAAUCCUUAAUAAAAGAACUUAACAAAC